ACUCACAGAAGAGUGGUUUGACUUGACCCAUGCCCACAGUGUUUACAUGCUGCCGUAUACAGAGUAGAGGCGGUGGUAAACUCUGUUUACACUCUUAAAUCAAAUAAGUUUGAUCACAGUAGCUCACUUAUCGAUUUUACUCUGAUUAUAACUUAAAUCGUGGGCAGGUUGUAUCAGAAACAUUAGAAAGAGUCGGCUACAGGAGGAAACUUGUUAGCACACGGCUGCACUGAGAAAUAAUGAAGAUGGGAACAGCUCUGAUUUAUGAUGAGGAGAUGACCAAUUACAAGCUGCUCUGGGUUGACCCUGCAUGUAAAAUCGAGGUCCCAGAGCGUCUGACAGUGAGUCAUGAAGCUCUCGUCAAAAGUGGCCUGGCUGAACGCUGUGUCUCCGUUCCUGUCCGCGAGGCGACAGAGGCAGACAUUUUGCUAGUUCACGGUGAAGAGUACUUGGAGGCAGUGAAGAAGACUCCCUUCAUGACUCUGGAGGACCUGAAGGAGUUUACCCUGCAAUAUGGUGAUGUCUACUUCCACCCAAACAUCUAUCACUGUGCAAAGCUGGCUGCAGGGGCCACACUGCAACUAGUGGACAGUGUUAUGACGGGGAAGGUGAGGAACGGCAUGGCUCUGGUCAGACCUCCAGGACACCACAGUAUGCGCAGUGCUGCCAACGGAUUCUGUGUGUUCAAUAACGUGGCCAUAGCAGCUCGAUACGCAAAGCAAAAACAUGGGGCGAAAAGGGUGUUGAUAGUUGACUGGGAUGUACAUCACGGUCAGGGCGUGCAGUACUGUUUUGAAGAUGAUCCAAGUGUGCUUUACUUCUCAUGGCACCGCUACGAACAUCAGAAAUUCUGGCCCAACCUUAAAGAAUCAGACUACGACAGCGUUGGCAAAGGGAAAGGGGCGGGAUUCAAUGUAAAUGUGCCCUGGAACAAGGUGGGAAUGAAGAACAGUGACUAUCUUUCGGUCUUCUGUCACGUCCUUCUGCCAGUCGCAUAUGAGUUUUGCCCAGACUUGGUCCUGGUGUGCGCAGGUUUUGACUCAGCCAUCGGUGACCCAGAGGGUGAAAUGUGUGCCAGCCCAGACAUCUUUGCUCAUCUCACUCAUCUCCUGAUGAACCUUGCAGGAGGGAAACUGUGUGCUGUGCUGGAGGGAGGAUACAACUUGACCUCUCUCCCACAGUCAGUGUGUCAGACGGUUCAAACUUUACUUGGAGAUCCUGCACCUCUACCUGUAAACCUCGAUGGUCCCUGUCAAAGCGCACUCGAGUCUCUUCACUGUGUUCGAUCAGCUCAUAGGCCGUACUGGUCCUGCCUCAAACAUGCAGCUGAGCUACCAAACUCUGAUAUCAGCACAAAGCGCAUUAAAUUAGCGGAAGAAGAAGAAAAGACGGAAAAGGAAAUAGAGGAGAAGAGCGUUGAAGCAAAGGUGUGGCCAGAGCCGCCAAAACGUGUCGCUCCUCCAGUCCGCACUGCAGCAAUCCUCCCUAAUGGUGUGGCUUGUCCGGAUGGAUGUAAAUGCUUCAGGUCAUCAGAGGACCCCGACCCGGUCAUCGUCAACAAACUCAGGGAGAGUUUCCUCAAAGAUGCAGAUGACAGUGAUGCUCUCACGACCCUCUCCAGUCUUACUGCCCUCAUAGAGCAAAUGGAGAAGAACGAGAUCUGCAAUGGCUUGGCGCUGGUCCGUGACGUCUCCAUGGUGAUGGACUGUGUUGUCCAGCAGGCUGCAGCGGCUCUCAAACGGGUUUUGGUUGUGUGUGUUGGAGACGUGGUGGUCCCGUGUCCCAGCAAAGAAGAUGGGAAAACACUCCUGGUACAGUUCAGCAACAAAGCGUCGGUGGAACAGCAAAGAAAAUAUCAUGUUCCUGUUUGUCUCAAGAAGGGCUGCAGUGAUGUUUCAGGGUUCAUUCAGGCUGCAUUGGGCCUCCUUCUGCCUCUGGGGUACGAGUAUGACCCCAGUCUGGUUCUGCUGGUUCGGGCCCCAGACAGUGGACUGAGUGACAGUGCGUGGCAACAUCUAACAGGCCUGCUGCAGGGCCUGGCACAGGGACACACACUGGUGCUCAUGCAGGAGGGUGAGAAGGCUUGCGUGGCCCCCACAGUCUCCUCUCUCCUCGGGGACGCUGCCCCCUGUCUGGGGCAGCUUCACACUUCUGUGCCAGAGGAUGCGGAGACACUGGAUAGGCUCAGACAAACACUGCAGGUGGACUGGAAGUUACUGCAGACUACAGGGCCACAGACCGGAGGAGGUGAGGAGCGCUGAAGAUGAUCCUGCUUGUUUUUGUAAAGAGAUCAGUUGAGGCACAUCCAUCGAAUAUCUUUAUAACAUUUUGUAAUUUACAGGUUUUAUUGUCCAAACAAAAACAUUGUGCCUGAAAAUGAACUGUAUUUUUCCUAAACGUAUAAUCUGUAUGAAUCAAAACAUUUUGAUCCCGGUUAUUCAUUGUCAAAGUGAUUUUGUACCAUUUUUUGAUAAAGAUUUAUUUACAUCAUUAA